AUGGAUUUGAAUUUACUGAUAGCUGCAUAUGUUUCCAUGGAUUCUAAUGUUUCUACUUCAAACAAAGAUUUCAUUGUACUUGAUAAUGCUAUUUAUAAACAACGCACUCCUUUGGAGAAUACUAUCCUACACCUAAUAGCUGCCUAUGGAAACAAUGCAAUUGUAGAGAAGGUGGCUCAACAAGCUCUCUUUCUUUUUACAGUGACGAACAUCAAUUAUGAUACUGCAUUGCAUGCUGCUGCAAGAGCAGGCCAUGCAUCUGCCAUUCAAAAUCUCUUGAAUACUUGGUUUCCUUUGGUAAGACGUGAGACAGAUGGUCAUCCUGAAGAUCAAUUCACUUUGCAAAUGAUGCUCGUGGUGUCUUUAACUUUGUUGCGAAACAAACAAGGAAACACUUUCUUUCAUGAGGCAUUUAUGGUUAAUGCCCAAAAUGGGGACAAGAUUUUCAAGGCUUUUCAAGAUUCUUUCAUCAAAGAUGGUUUAGAGUUGGAAGCUAAAUUUAAGAAAAUUGUCAAUCAUUUAGUAGUAUUUACAAUCAAUAAGGAAGGAAAAUCAUAA